GUAGCUCGACCGAGAACGAAACCGAGUGGCUUGAGAACGUGGAAGGAAACUGUGUGCGGCUGCGCGUUUGUGCUCUGGAGCCAUUCUAGAUGCGGGAAAAAAUGCUUUCUGAAAGCAGCUCAUUUUUGAAAGGAGUGAUGCUUGGAAGCAUUUUCUGUGCUUUUACCACUAUGCUAGGACUUGUUGGAAUUGGUCUUGGAAAUAGAAUGCACCACCACGAGCAUCAUCAUCUACAAGCUCCUAACAAAGAAGGUAUCUUGAAAAUUUCAGAGAAUGAACGUAUGGGACUCAGUAAGAGCUUUCGGGUGUACUGUAUCAUCCUUGUAAAACCUAAAGAUGUGAGUCUUUGGGCUGCAGUAAAGGAGACUUGGACCAAACACUGUGACAAAGCAGAGUUCUUCAGUUCUGAAAAUGUUAAAGUGUUUGAGUCAAUUAAUAUGGAAACAAAUGACUUGUGGUUAAUGAUGAGAAAAGCUUAUAAAUAUGCCUUUGAUAAAUGCAGCAACCAAUACAACUGGGUUUUCCUUGCACGCCCCACUACAUUUGCUAUUAUUGAAAACCUUAAGUAUUUUUUGUUAAAAAAGGAUCCAUCAUGGCCUUUUUAUCUAGGCCAUACUAUAAAAUCUGGAGACUUUGAGUAUGUGAGUGUGGAAGGAGGAAUUGUCUUGAGUAUAGAAUCAAUGAAAAGACUUAACAGCCUUCUAGGAAUUCCUGAGAAGUGUCCUGAACAGGGAGGGAUGAUUUGGAAGAUAUCAGAAGAUAAGCAGUUAGCAAUAUGCCUAAAAUAUGCUGGAGUAUUUGCAGAAAAUGCAGAAGAUGCUGAUGGAAAAGAUGUAUUUAAUACCAAAUCUGUUGGGGUUUUUAUUAAGGAGGCAAUGACUAAUCACCCUAACCAGGUAGUAGAGGGAUGCUGUUCAGAUACAGCUGUUACUUUUAAUGGACUGACUCCUAAUCAGAUGCAUGUGAUGAUGUGUGGUGUAUACCGUCUUAGGGCAUUUGGUCAUAUUUUCAGUGAUGCCUUGGUUUUCUUACCUCCAAAUGGUUCUGACAAUGACUGA